GCCAUGCUCUGGGUUUCAUUCUGCUCUGCGAGGUUGGUGCAGCACACUAGAUGGAAGUGAGCGCCAGAGAGGGGCUGGUGUCCUGAGGUUGCAUCUGUCGAGCCCCCCUUUUCACACUCACUCAGCCCCUCUGAGGUGAGCCCAGCCCCUGAAAGCUGGUGUCCUGUCCAGGGAAGCAGACAAGGCAGCUUCACAGACCUGGAGGUCACAGUGCCGCUCUCCUCCCUCCGAGAAGCAUGGAUUGCAGUUUCCACGUGCUCCUUUACAAUAUUGGGGAGCAGCUGGACAGUGAAGAAUUGGCCUCCCUCAAGUUCCUGAGCCAUGACCACAUCCCACAGCGGAAGCAGGAGCCCAUCUUGGACCCCUGCAUGUUGUUCCAGAGACUCCAGGAGAAGAGAGUGCUGGAGGAAGGCAACCUGUCCUUCCUGAAGGAGCUGCUUUUCCGGAUCAACAGGCUGGACCUGCUGGGCACCUACAUGAACACCAGCAGGGAAGAGUUGGAGAGAGAGCUCCAGACCCCCGGCAAGGCCCAGAUCUCGGCCUACAGGGUCAUGCUCUUUCGGAUUGCAGAAGACGUAAACAAAUCCGAGUUGAGGUCUUUUAAAUUUCUGUUGUACAAGGAAAUCUCCAAGUCUAAAUUGGAUGACAACAUGAGCUUGCUGGAGAUCUUCACAGAGAUGGAGAAGAGGGCCAUCCUGGGGAAGGACAACUUGGACACCCUGAAACAGAUCUGCGCCCAGGUCAACAGGAGCCUGCUGAGGAAGAUCGGCGAGUACGAGGAGCAGCUUGGAGAGAGAAGAAUGAGUCUCGGACAAAGUCCAGAUGCAUUUUCAAAGGAGGAGUUGCCCUUCGAGAUGCAGGACGCACUGGACUCUCUGGAAGGACAGAACAGCAAGGCACAGAUGUUGGACCAAAUUUACCAAAUGAAAAGCAAGCCCCGGGGGUACUGUCUGAUCUUCAAUAAUUAUGAUUUUAGUGAGGCACGGAAGAAUAUACCCAAACUCAGCAAGAUGAAGGACAGGAAAGGGACGGACUUCGAUGCAGAGACCUUGGGCAGCACCUUCUCUGAGCUUCAUUUCGAGACAGUGCUUUGCAGAGAUCUGACAGCGCAGGCGAUCCGCGAGACGCUGCAGUACUACCAAGGUGUGGACCACAGCGACAGGGACUGCUUUGUCUGCUGCGUCCUCUCCCAUGGGAACAGGGGCAUCGUCUAUGGCAUCAAUGGGCAGGAGGUGUCCAUCUCUGAGCUGACCUCUUACUUCACUGGCUCCAAGUGCCCUUCCCUUGCUGGAAAACCAAAAGUGUUCUUUAUUCAGGCUUGUCAAGGGGAGAACUUCCAGAAAGCUAUAUCUGUGGAGACUGACUCAGAUAAGAACAAGGUCUCUGCAGAGGAUGACUUUUCAUAUACAUGGUUGACCAUCCCAGACAAUGGUGACUUCCUGCUGGGGAUGGCCACCGUGGACAGCUAUGUCUCUUAUCGAGACCCCACGAAGGGAACCUGGUAUAUCCAGACACUGUGUGACAGCCUGAGAAGAAGAUGUCCUUGCGGAGAUGAUAUUCUCACCAUCCUGACGGAAGUGAACUUUAAAGUGGGCGAAAAGAUCGACCUGAAGAACAGGGGAAAACAGAUGCCCCAGCCCAUGUUCUCACUGAGGAAAAAGCUGUUCUUCCCCACUGACUGACGCCGGGAUGGAGCUCUGAACACUAGGCCUCCCCAAAGCCUAAGCAGUUGCUGUUUGCACUUGUUCUGGAUGGUCGGAGGGGCGAACAGAAGUCCUGUGCCUAACGAGGCGAAUAAUCCUGCCGAACACCAGCACCUUCUCCUUCUGAGCCGUCCUCUACACUACUUUUAUUCUGCUUUGCUGGGGUUGAACCAGAGUCCUGUGUGCCAAAUGAACGCCCUCCAAAGCACUAAUUUUUUGUAUGAAAACUUUAAAAACCAAGCUGUUAGGUAGAGCCCACCGUCCCAGCCUGCUGCCCUCCGCCUGCUGCUUCUCUCUGCUUCCCGGCCAAGCCUUUCGCAGGUUAUCUGCAGGUGCUAAGAGCUUUCAGAAAAACAGAAUAAAUUUGCACCUUCCUGUUUCUAA